AUGGACUACUUUUCAAAGUUCAAGAAAAGGAUCGUGGCUCCUAAAGUGCAGCCCACUAGCGCCAUGCAGCUUGCCAAAUUUCACAAAUGCUGGGAUUAUGUUCAUAAUGUGCUGAUGAUGGAACAAAAUGCAGGCAAAGUUCACGUAGACCAAACAGAGAUUCCAGAAAACUUGCGACAUAUGGUAGAUAUGUUGGUCGAUGAAGAGGCAAGACAAGAAGAUAACACAACCGGAGUAUGCAUGGAGUAUCUUCUUAAAAAUGGCGUAUUGGAGUAUCUCGUUAAUGUUUCUGAGAAAGUGGAUAGCCCAGCUGAUAUAUGCGGAGAGACCAUACGAAUGAUUGCCAGUAUGAUUGAUCUACUGGACGAUCGCUUUCUAGUACACCAUGCUGUUCACAAACCAACGAUCAAACUCUUGCGAUUCUGUGUGUUGGAUGACAGGCAGAGCGAUAUUUACCAUGAAGACCUUGUGGAUCUAAUGUAUAUAAUUUGCUCCAAGAUAUAUGGUUUUCCCGCACUACUCAACAUCUUCUUUCAUGACAAGCAGUGGCUGACCACACCGCAGAAAUCUCUUCAUGUGCGCGAUUCAGACUCUGGCACGAGUGAUCCUAAGAAACCUGAGUAUGAAUUUUUAUUAUUCACUUAUCUACUCCGGUUUGUUCAUCGAGAAGGCCGUUCGGGUGAUUUUGCAAGAACUGGAUUACUGUUCUUGAUGGAAAUGGCUACGGAGCACCUGGGGGAUUUUAUUUUGGAGUCAGACUUUGCUAGCAUUAUGGCAGCUGGACUCGGUGCUCUUUAUUCGCAGCUGCCACGCAAGCUUGUGGUGAAUGAUGAAGACGAGAUCAAUUCUAGUUCAGCUUCGUAUUUACUUGGCCAAGACAGACAUCCUCGACUAGAGAAUCUAUCGAGUGCGGAACAAUCAAACUCAAAGGAAUUCAAACUUCAAUUGGACUCCUUCCUCAAGCUACUCGAGUUUUGCCAAGAUGUAUUAACUCGAUGUCCUCACAGAGAGAUAUCUGUACGAUUAUUACAGAGUGUUCGUUCUAUAUUUCUCGAAAAUAUUCUCUACCCUUCCAUCCUAGAGUGUUCUGAUAUGGAUGGAUCUUCAGUGGCUGUAAUUAGCUAUAUCGAUCUUAUUCUACAGACAUUACAACAAGAUGCACUAGCGGAAGUAGUUGUAGGGUUUUUGAUGAAUGAAGAAGACGAUAUUAUAGAGAGUCGUCUUCGGGAAAACGGUAUAUUUCUUUUGGCUGGACUCUCCUUGGAUAAUACCAAACCUUCACCUUACUUUACUACCGCUGAACGAUUCACGCUCAAGGAUCUUAUUUUCACCAGACUUCAGUCAAGCUCUCAAUCAACUGUAGUUGCUACACUCAAGCUACUUAAAACUCUGAUUGUUAAGCACUGUCGUUACUCUCUUCAACUAUUAGCCAUUGAGCCGGAUAUUGAUCCCAAAGACCAUUCCGAAGAAAAGAAAAAGACUUCAACAUGGAUAUCCCAUCAUAUCCGUGAGAUGACGCUUUACUUCUCCCUGAUUUCUGCGAUCGAUUCACGCCCAAAAACACUGACUCUUGGAUACGAAGAAUACCUCCAAGACGUCGAACAGUCACUCGAAAGUGAUUGUUGCUACCAGAGUUUUACAAACAAGCUACCUUCUCAGGACACUCAGGGUACAUCAAAAAGUGAACGAAGAAGAAGCUUCAAGUAUGGGGAUUGGCAAGGAAGAGUCUCGCAUGAAAGACAACCAAUCAGGAACCUUUAUCAAUCUCACAACAAUGUAACCCGUCAUCGUAUCAAGUCGGCCGAUCCUUUACUUCAGAUCCUUCUCAGUCUAUUGAGUCAUUUCUUUACCCAAUCAUCUGAACUCAACUUGGCAUUGACCAGCGUAGUGGCUGCCUUGGCCUCUUGCCCUUACAGAAGUCUAGAAGGCUGGAUAUCUUUCCGAGAGAGCGACCAGACAACAGCAGACGAUGUUCUAGAUCUGGAUAGAGAUGAAAUGAGUGAUUCCAGUGAAGAGCGUGGUUCAAUUCAUGGCCAAGAUAUAUAUGCACAUUUUGACAAUGGUUUGGUUGACGAAGAUGACGAAGAUGAUGAUAGAUCGAUUGACUAUGGUGUAGAAAAAACCACUCAGUUACGUACUCCGGUCCGUUUUAAAUCAUAUCCUCCAAUCUUUACACUUCUCCGCACUCUCACGCAACAAGUAGACUAUUAUCGUUCUGAGAUCGAUGGGUUUGAUACCCUGUUAGAAGAGCGCUGGCAAGGUCUACUAUUGGGUGAGCCUGAAAUAGAUCCACGUCCUACACCAUCCACUUCUCUAUCGACCCGUCGAAUGCAAGCUAAAGACCAGCCUCCAGAAGCUCCUACUCCCUCAAGAAGUCUGUCUACAUUCUUUGGUGUUUCUCCUGGAAAGCGCCGACCUCCUCCUCCGACCACAUCUUCAUCGGUGCCUACUAUUAACCCUUCAAAAUCUCUUUCCUCAUCUACAACUGCAGCUGCGCUGGCUGCCAUUCGAACGCAUGAUACACCACUUGCUGUCAGUGUAAUUCCUGCAAUAGUCAGCAAUCCACUUUCUCAUUUAGCUAUACAUGCUGCCAAGACACAAAAUGUACGGAUACAGCCUUUGUUUCCUUCCAAUUUUGUGAGUGAAGAGCCAAUAUUAGAUCUUGAUGAGGAAGAUAUUGUUGCCUUUGCACCUCAGGCACAUCCUUCGAAACCUAAAAGAAAUGACAAGAGUACAGAGAUUACGCUGGCGAUGAUUCUUAACAACGUGGUCAUUCUUGAAGAGGCAAUCAAAGAGUUAGCGGCUAUUAUGCAAGUUCGACGUAGUCUUGGUAUUGAUGCCGUACGAUAUACAUGA